CCAAUCGGACUGGGCGAAGAACUGCUCGUGUGGUACAAUGGGGAAGACAACCCGGAGAUAGCAGCUGCAUUGGAGGAAGAAAGGAGCAGCAACUUUAACAAGAACAACUCACCAAGAGCGAAACGAGAAAAAAGGAAGCUAUUGGAAAAAGGUUGCCGGGCUGGUUUGGGAGGCAUAUCUGGGCAUACAAGACCCAUAGACACAAAAAUGCGGGACUCUGAUAAAGAAAUAAAUGAAGAAGAGGAGAAAUCAUCAUGUCCUGAGCCACUUCAGAAGACUACAGCUUCACAGUUAUGCUCAACAGAGACCAAGGAUUUAGCUCCAUCUCCUGUCCCUACAGAGACGUUGGAGCUGGAGGAAAGAGAGGAGACAGAUCAAGGAGAUCUACAGCUGCCUCGGUCACAUGUAAGCCCUGAGCACUGUGCUGAGUCACUGUCAGCGAACAAGAGGGAAGAGCCGAACCCAGAGUUAUUUCAUUGUAGCCCUGUCAUGAAGAGUCAAGUUUCUCCUGAAAAAGAUGCAGAGGGUGAUUCUAACUUUGAGGACAAUUUACAAGUAGAAAACUAUGAUUGUCAGUAUUGCGAUCACAAAUUCUUCACAAAACAAGACCUGGAGCUUCACAUGAACACUCAUCCUAUCACAAACCAGCAGACCAACACGUUUAAAUGCAAAUACUGUACCAAGGCUUUUGGGUCUCAGGUAGGCAAGCGCAGGCAUGAAAGACGACACGAAAAUGGAAGUAAAAGCCUGAAUAGGCCCGAGUUGCUUACUGGAACUGCUUUUCUUCUUAAUUCUUCUAGGCACAAUGACUCUCCAUCUUCUGGUAGUGUUACAUCUUCAAGCCCCACCAUUAUGAGUUCUCAAAAUGGUAAAUCUCAAUCAGGUUCGGAUUCUUUGACUAUAGAUGCUGGGACUGAGUCUGACCAUCCUCUCAUUUUGGAUGAAAACGGAGAGUCGAAAGAAUUACAUCCUUGUAAAUAUUGCAACAAGACUUUUGGCUCUCAUACCAACAUGCGCAGGCACCAGCGCAGAAUUCAUGAACGUCAUCUUAUGCCAAAAGGGGUUCGAAGGAAAGGGAUGCUCCUUCAGGAUAUCCCAUCCCAACAACUUGAGCAAGGCCAGGCAGCAGUACUUCAGGAGGCAUCUCAGAAUGUCAGCUCUCCACUUGUCUAUGUACCUAGUGUGGACACAGAUGAUGAAGGUGAGCGUGAAAACAGCAUGGUCGACAUUUCUAAAAACAUCUCAGAGAACCUCAGUCUUUACAUCGAUGGAAAGAUUCUAUCCACAAGCACGAUCAGCAGCUGUGAUGUAAUAGAGGUUGAUUCAAGUACUUCAACACUGUUUGGUCUUGAUGCAGUCAUCCUCAAUUCGAACCAAAUAAGCCAUGCUCUUAAAAUUGAGACACAGCCUUGCGCCAUAAAAGAGCUUUCGGUUAGCACUCAGCCUGGUCCCAAGCGAAGAACCUCUACGCCGCCAAUUCCAUCUGUAAAAAUGGAAACAGAAACUGUAUCGUCCACUUCAUCUUCGUCAUCAACGGCUUCGCAGUCACCUUUGGGAAGCGGCAUCUUUCCACAGGCCACAGAGUCUUUGGCCUUUCAAAAAGAGAAAGCAGUAUAUCUUUCGCCAAAAUUAAAACAGCUUCUGCAGACCCAGGACAGCCAUAAAACAACUCUAAUUACAGAUCAUAAACUAACUACUCCACUAUCCAUUGCCUCUUUGCCUGCUGCUCAAAAAAGAUUCAAAAGACGAACUUCUUCACCUCCAACACCUGUACAAAGCAGCCCUUCUCUGGAGACCCCAGUUACUGAAGCUGGAGAUUUGUUUGCGCUUAAGGUGCCAAAAGUUGAAAGUCAGUCUACGAGUUAUUCCUGGAAUGUGCCCAGCAAAGAUCCGAGUGACGGCACCUCAAUAAGUGGAGGCAGUGCUUGUAAUCAACAGCCUCUCGACCUUUCCAGUACUGUUGGGAAACAGGAAAGUAGCUCAAGCAAAGGGCCUGCAGAGUCUGUUCUAGACUUGAGCGUACAGCGUGCAAAUGCAGCCGAACCAAGAACAAAAUCAAACAGAUCGUUGCAUCCACAUAUGAAGAGAAAGAAGCCCAAUACCAGCAUGUUAGAGAAAGUAUUAAUGAAUGAGUAUUCCGGUUUAAGCUCAGCUGGAGAGGAAGGUUCUCUUUGUCUUGAAAGCCCAGACACUCACUUGUCCUCUGGUAGUGCCACUGCAAUGUCUCCUGCCAGCGUGUGCUCCUACUCCGAUCAAUUCCUUUGUGAAUCUGCCUCUCCACCAUCCCUGACCCCUGUGACCAUGAACCCUUCUUCACCGUCAUCCUCAAGCCAGGCAUCCUCUACACCUCCACCACCAGUUCUUCCUACUGUUCCUUCACCACCACCACUUUUUCAGUUUUCAGACUCCGCUUUUCCAAAACUGUCUCCCAAACCUGUUGAUAAUAUCAUAGAUGAUACAUCCCCCAGCGUUAGCAAAACAUGUCACGAUACAGAAAUUCUCAAUACUGAAGAUGAGAACCAGACGUCUAAGCAUUUACAGCCUGAUGCACUGCCUCAAAGUCUAGAGGAUAAAAAAAGUAAUCAGAAAGCAGAUUUUUUUUCCAAAUCUGAAACACUACAUAAGGACUCAACAUCAGACUGUAGCCUUUAUUUAAUUAACAAUGAAGAUCAUGUUUCUUCCGAUGAAACAAAUAAUAAUUCCAAAGCUAACCAAAGCAGUUCCUUUGUUGGAACUUUUAUUCAGGACCUGAAUGUCAAAGCUGAUGUACAAACAUCUCAUUCCCAUGUGCACUUAACUACUAAUGUGAACUCGCUUUCUCCAUCUCUUGAUGAGAUGGAAGAUUCUCACCCUUCUCAUAUAGAAUCAUUAUCUGAUAAUUGUGUAGUAGUUGAUAAACAUUUGAUUAAAGACAAUGCUGAAAUCACAGCCAAAGCUGAAAAGGUUUUCUCCUCAGCUUCACCAAGGGUUGUGGAAAAAACCUCAGAUGCAGCAGACACACAAGAACAGGAUACAUUUACGAAAAGCUUUGUGUGUAAUGUCUGUCAGGAGCCUUUUCACUCUAUUAAACAACUUAGCAGCCACAUCAUAGAUCAUGCGGUGGAAUGGCCUUUCAAAUGUGAGUUUUGUGUGCAGUUAUUUCAGAAUGCAGAAGCUUUGUUGGAGCACCGCUCAUCGCUGCAUGGAGUUGGAAGAAUUUACAUUUGCCCCCUUUGUUCAAAAGAGUUCGCUUUCCUCUGCAACCUCCAACAACACCAGAGCGAUUUGCACCCUGGCCAAAGCCCUGCUCACACCACGGUUGAAAAUGGCAAGCUGAGACCUCAAAAUUACACCGAUCCUGCUCAUGUAAAUGUGGAAAGAAAUUUGUUAUGUUCAACCCCUGACAUGACUCCAGAUUUUGCCUCUCAGGAUUCAUCUGGGUUAUGUAAGGACAUUAAAACUGAAGAUGAUGAUAUUAAAGAUGAGCAAGAGGACCCAACAGAAGAGCUAUACACUACAAUAAAAAUUAUGGCCUCCGAGGCUGGAAAACCUAAAUGUCCCGAUGUUCGUCUUGGCAUUAAUCAACACUACCCAAGCUUUAAGCCUCCUCCGUUUCCUUACCACAACCGAACACCUGCUGGCUCUGUAGCUUCUGCAACACACUUCACCACCCACAACAUCCCCCAGACAUUCAGUACAGCAAUCAGGUGCACCAAAUGUGGCAACAGCUUUGACAACAUGCCUGAGCUCCACAAACACAUCUUGGCUUGUGCUAAUGCAAGUGAUAAGAAGCGGUACACCCCCAAGAAAAACCCCAUUCCUUUAAAACAGAUAGUAAAACAGCCUCUUAACGGUGCCUUCUCACCCAUAGAGACAGACAACGAAGGUCAGAAUGCCUUCCGUAGGAUGGGUCAACCCAAAAGACUCAAUUUUAACCAGGAGGUGCCUUCUAAGGUAAAGAUGUCUGCCUUGAAUAAGAAGAAAAAUCAACUUGUCCAGAAAGCCAUUUCUCAAAAGAACAAGGCUUCUACCUCUGGAAAGAAAGCAUCCAUCCAGAUUAAGCAGGAAGAGCAUGAGGUGCAUGCAUGUCCUUACUGCAAUCGAGAGUUUACGUACCUCGCCAGCCUCGCAAAGCAUGUUGCAUGCAGUUGCCCUCAGAAACCUGCUGGCAAAAAGAAUAAAGGAGCGCUGACGACGCGAGAUAAAAACAUGAAACUCCGAAGUCGAGCUACAGACUCCGAAAUCAAACAAGAGCCCAGCUCGAGCCCAGCUGUGAAAUCAGUGGGGAAAACAAGGACGCGGACUGUAGAGGGAUCGGAAAGUGAAGAGGCACCAGCAAGCAAAAGUAAAACGGUGACCUCUCAGGUACGCACCAAAAGACCUGCUUCCAGUGAGGACCACUCAGCCCCCAAAAGCAAGAAAGGUAGAAAAAGCAAGAAUCGCCUUGCACUCGUGACCACCUCCUCGUCAGCAUUAACAGAUGAUUCUGCAUCACAACCAGCUGCGAAAGUGCAACAUGGUGGGAAAGACAUAGCUAUCAAGAAGGAGACUGAGGUGAUGCCACAGGUUAAGCCUAAAAAAGAAGAGAGUGUCUCCAAGAAGAUGCGGAAGAGAGUUGGAGGCCCGGUGACACGAAGUGCAGCAGUGCCUGGAGAGAAGAAGAUUGAAGACCCAUUAAACAGUGAUACUGCUUCUGCAGAAAAUAAGGAAUCUGAUUGAAGUUUUUUUGGGACGAUAUUUAAAAGCACUCCAGCAAGUAUCGCCGCUAAAAAAAAUCCUAGUGAACAUGAUCAUGAUCUGAUUGAAUUGGAUUAUUAAACUACAUGUGGAGCCUUACCUUUCCUCGUAUGCUUCAUUGGGCUGACUGGAGCAUGCCGUCAAUGCACUUUGGUAUAUGAGCCUUUGUUGGAUGUGACCCAAAACACCUGGACUGUAAAUGUAAUAAAUAUAUAUGUGUAUCUAUAUGAAAAGUAAUAUUACUUGAUUUGUACAUAAGGAACCCUUUGGAUCUGUCGAGAAUGAUGGCUGAUCAUAUUGCAAAUGGCAAUCAUUUAUCAGUUAUUACAACCGUUUUGGUAUUCCAUGUUUAGUUGUUUGUUUUUUCCCCCCUCCUAAAAUUUUAGAUUUUGUUCCCAUAAUGCAUGUGUGCUAUGUAUACACUAUGGCUAGAGUGACUCUUGUAUCUUAUUCUGUUCUAAUCUUUUACUCAUGCAAAUGGAAAAGAAUAUAUGUUGCUAUUUAAUGUAAUGCUACAUGCGGAAUGCAAUAUUUGUUCAAAUGAAACUUUCACAUUUAGAACUAUGUUUUUCCUUUCUUUCUCUUUUGUGAUCACAGUAAAAUGCUGUUUGAUACAGUCAGAAUGAGUGGGUGAUGAUAAAACAUGUGGAUUUGGUAUUACCCACCUGAACCAGCCACCUCUUGGGGCAUUCGUUGUUUAGUCUGUACCUUUUGUAUUCUGUAGCAUUUACAGCAAAAUUGCUGGCAAUAAAAAUGACACUAAAAUACACCUAA